AUGUCGUUUGGCUUCAAAGGCUUCCAUCUUGUCAGAGUCGUCAUUGAAGACCAGGUUAUAUACUAUGGAUUUGUGAUACUUUGCUGUGUGCUAAACAUAGUGGAAAUUUCAGUUAUUUUCGUCAAUGAGUUUUCUGCCGCCGUUCUAGCAGCAGCUGGCAGUCCAAUCCUUGUCUGCGUCCUUGGAGCACACCUUCUUAUCAAUCUAAAAGAGGCAGGCGAGCUCGGGGUUAACGAAGGAACUAACUACAGAUCGAGGACUGUCAGCGACAUCCGAUUCGCCGAAGGCGCUCCGGCAGCUGCGACCUCGAACGGAGACGGAACAAGCAGUGUUUAG